AUGUACAAACGAUUCAUACAUCACUACUCUCCUCCAGACAGCUGGGAUCGAGACCGUUACGGUGAUCUGCCAAAAUCACUGACAUACGUCGAAUGCGACGCGGUCCCCGGGGACAAGGUUGGAUAUCGCAUGCUAGAGUUCGAGGUGCAAGGCGCUUACGCAUACAAACUUUUCAAAGGAGAAAAAGGCACCCAUCGCCUCGUACGCAACUCCCCUUACAACGCCAUGCGUAAGCGGCAGACCACGUUCAGCAGCGUACAAGUUGUCCCCAUGCUGUCGGACUCCGACCAGGAUGUGCAGCGCUACCACAGCUCACGCCAGGUUACCGAUCGCGACGUUACUAUAGAAACAAUGCGGAGCGGCGGUAAAGGCGGCCAAAAUGUGAACAAGGUGGAGACAGCUGUACGGGUGACCCACAAGAAGACAGGGCUCUCCAUUAGGGUGCAGACUGAGAGAUCGCAGGCACAGAAUCGAGAAAUAGCUAUGAAGCGGCUAAGCGAAAUGGUGGACGCACAUUAUAAGGACCAACUGCGCGAGAAGUGCGAGGAGCUCCGAGGCGAAGAAGUGGAAGCAGACUGGGGCAAACACAUGCGCAGCUACAUUCUGAAUCCAGAACAGCGUUUCAAGGACCAUCGCACCGACUGGGAGACGGGAUGA